GUGACGUGCAAGACGGUGUCGCUGUGCAGCGAGACAGCCGCGCUGGCGCCGGGCGCGGCCGAGCUGGGCGCCGUGCUGGACCGGCUGGCGGGCGAGGAGCCGCCGCUCCUGUGGGCCGGCGCCGCCGCCGCCGACUGCGCGCGAGUGCGCGACGCCGUGCGUUACGCCGCGCUCGAGAUCAGCGAGCAUCUUGAGACGUAUUUCGACAGGCGGGAGCACGCGCUCGAGGUAAGUCACACCGCACUCGAGAUCAGCGAGCAUCUUGAGACGUAUUUCGACAGGCGGGAGCACGCGCUCGAGACGCUGGAGCUGUCGCGCGGCGCGGGCGCGGGCGAGGAGGCGGCGCGCGGCCUGUACAAGCUCAUCUUCCAGCUGCUGCUGCUGCUGGAGACCAACAACAAGAUGGUGGUGGCCGUGUACCACGCGGCGCUAGACAACAGGGGUGUGGAGAUGAGCAUGAGCGUGUGCGCGGUCCGCGCGGCGCUGCUGGCGAGCGCGGCCGACGCCGACGCCUCGCCCGCGCCCGCUGACGACGCGCGGCUACUGCUGCUCAUGCAGCGCCAGAGGUGGGGCGCGGCGCUGGCGGCGGCGCGCGAGCGGGGCGCCGAGCGGAUCCUCGAGCGCGGCGAGCUGCCCGACGACGACGUGGCGUGCCUGCUGCACGUCUACUGCAAGGCGCUGGCGCAGGCGCACCCGGACAUGGUGGCCAUCACGCGGCCCGUCAACGAGCUGUCGCAGAACCUGUCCUUCAUGAUGGAGAGCCUCUACAAGGUGUCAGUGGCGCUGCAGCGCUCCGAGCUCGGCUGAGCCACCGCCACCGCCACCGCCACCGCAGCCGCAGCCACGGCCGCGGCGCAAUUUAAGCUAGGUGAUGACGAUGACUGUAGGAAAUCGACACCAUUCGCACCAUAAAUUCCAUUUGUUUCGCUAAAUUCUUCGAAUUUAUGUAGAUAGCUGUAGGGAGUCGACACUAUUCGUAUUUUUUCAUUUAAUAAGGCCUGAUUUUUCAAUAGCUGAAUAACUUUUAACUGAAGAAUUUAGUUUGGCAUAUUGACAGUUUCAGUAUGGGAAAUAUUAUGUCAAAAUGACAAGUUAAUUCUUCAGAUAAAAGUUAACUGACGAUUGAAAAAUCGGCCCUAAUUCGCAUAAUUAUCUGUAAUCUGACUCGUAAAUAACACAUUAUUACAGGUUUUAGUCGGCUAAUGCCGAACUGGCGAUCUGUAGUUUCUUAGCGGCCAUUUUCUCUAACAUUCACCUGUUACUAUUUUCCUGCAGUCUUUUCUUAUGUUCACUGACUCGACAAAAUGCAUGGCGCCCAUGACCUAUCGUCUUAUUUUGGUAGAGGUCAUGACCUCAUGGCACACUUUUCCGUCACAUCCGGAUCUUUGUCUCCUGAAACUUUGAUCGGAAGGAUAAUGUGGGUCAAUAUGAUCUAUUUUUAGAAUAUGGAAACACGAACUCACGCCUCGUUGCUAUUUGCUUUGCCCAAAGAUUGACUUUCAAGAGAAAGACAACGUGGUAAAAAUGUUAAUUCACAAUAUAAAAGAAAAGUUUUGAAAUUAUAUGAAGGUGUCUACUCCCGAAUUAGAGAUGAAAUAGAAAUCAUGAGCACGGCCUUUCAAAUAGAUGUAAUUGUAUGAACUUUUUAAUGAAACAAUGCUUAUUUUCUUCUAAAAUUUUUAGCAGCAACCACGCAGGCACGCAGCGUUAUUAUAAGUAUACGGCCAUAUGUGCAUCUAUAUUCCUACAAUCUCUACUGUACUUGAAUAAAUAUGUCAGAAAUGUGAAAGUAAUUUAAAUGAAUUAUCUAAUUUGGAUAGUUCUUAGUUAGCGUAACGAAAAAAUUAAACAUCGUCGCGUAGCCUGGCCCUACAAAUUGUAUUGUACUUGUUGCUGCAGCUUAACAACGUUUUUGAUUUCAACAUGAAAAUAGCAUGAAGUGCCUAAUAAUAAAAAUUGCUGACUAUUAAAAUAUCUAUAUUCCAACGUUCGCCUAGCAUACUCGUGAUAACAGUAUGUUACUUAAUCUUGAGUUAAUGGAAAUCUAGGGACGGAAUCAACUGUUGUAGACAGUCUUGCAUAAUAAAUGACCAGAUCGACUGCCUGUUUCUUGAAACGUACCUACUCAGGGGAUAUUGUAAAUAUCGUGUUUUGAGAUUCAAUCACACACUUGACAUUCAGUAUAGCAGGAAUAACUCAGAAAGGUCUAGACGAAGUGAGGUCGCGAUUUAAAUAUUGUUUUCCGAACGUAUGUCAGUCGCACAUUGUUGCGAAUGUUUUUCACAAAGCAGCCUUGAGGAUUGGAUCCAUGUUAAUGUGAUGCUGUGGAAAAUCGAGUGCAUGUAAGUGUUUAUACAAAAGGCCGCGGUGACCAUAAAAGAAAGCGCUAGUGAAUCAAACUGGAAAGAUUUCUAAAGGGUGCUCCGGUAUUUUUGAGUCCCACGCUUAUAGCUUGUGAUACAUGUUUGCAAACAUGAAACUGGGAGUACCAGUUUAAGAAAGUACUUGAAUGCCUCUUCUCGAUAACAAUAUGACAAAUAACAGUCGCCGAGAUCCUGUGAGAAGUGCACAACCACUCAAAAUUCUUUCACUGUCGUUUAUUGCAGUGUUUUUCAACCUUUUUCAUGACACGACUCCCCUAGUACCUAUAAAAAAAUAUUUUGCGUCCCCCCGAUUGUUCGCUUAUUUUCAUGCAUUUUAUAAUGUUACAAAGAUGUUGUACCGAAUACUUCAAUCCAUACAACACAUAAUUAGAUUUCGGAUAAAUCUGUCUUUAUUACUUUAUUGAUUUUUUUACUGAGGUAGUUGUUACGACCUCGCGCGACCUUUCUAUAGAGGCCCACCCGGGGGUCGCGACCCACAGGUUGAAAAACACUGCUUUAUUCUAAUCAUACCGGCCAUCAUAUUUCUGUAUAUUCACGCCAGUCAAGUUAUCUCUAUAAACUCUUACCAUGGGAGCAAAUAUCGCGUAGUAAAUGCUUUCAAUUAUAAAACUACCUGGACUCAAAGAGCAGGUAUAUUUUUAUAAAUUGGCUCUAUUAAUAAUAGAGUAGUGGGCUUGAGCCUUGAAGUGUGCGUAAACUGCACACAGUAAAGCAAACUCUAACAUAAGUAGAUGGUUGCAUGUGUGCGUGUGCCCCGGCCCCGCCCCGGGGCGUGGUCUGCCCCCCUCGCGGAUUAUUUGUUAAUACCUUUUGUUUUUUGUUCGAUACUCAUUUAAAAUGGCGGUACUGGCAGCCAUAUUUGUAUGUUGGUACUUUCAACUAAAUGAAAUAUUAAAGCGUGUAAACGUAUUCUUGGACAUAAAUUAAAACGGCAGGGUUUUAAUCCCACGAUGGAGAUAUCGCAGUUCAAAAUAAAGAAGGCACGUAAAUAUUUUGUACACUGGAUAUCUCCAGAGCACGCUUCUUUGAUGCUGAUUUAGUGGCAUUUAUAUUUUUGUUUUUAGGAAUGAAUUGUGUUUUAUGUUUUAUUUUUAAUUAGUUAAUUUUUAUGAAUAAAUAGCAAAUUACUUUAUGUACUAACACGUAUUAUAAUAAUAUCGUCUAAGACUACCGUUUCAAGAUAUGUGUUAAAUUACAGUAAGUACAUGUAUACCUACCGAAUGGGCAUUCAUUUUCUAAGGACUUACAAUUCCUACGGCGCCGGCUCUCUCCUGUAGUUACCUGAUUGUGUAGUUUCCAUGACUGCGCCGUAUCGACCACACCCCGCUACUGUGGCCCUCACGUUCAUCCCUCGCGACUAGUGUAAGUAGCAUCAGCAAAAAUUAUGAAGUGAAAAUGUGAUAUCGUGAUACCAGAUAUCAUAAUUCUCUAGAAACUAUAGUCUGGCCAAAUUGUGUAACAAAUAGCGGAUCUUUAUUUGAAGAUUGUAUUCAGUCCUGUAAAAGAAGGAUAUUAUUAUUAUCAGACAACGCUGAUAUACCAUUUAUUUUUUGUUUAAACAUUAUCCUAACCAAUAUGCAGCAAUGGUUGUGUAGGCCAGCCAAGAACCCACAUUUUUUAAAACCGAAGUAGCCUAUAAUUAUGUUUGAUGGAUGAGUAUAGAAACUUGUUUUCUUCUUUCUUUGAAGUAGUUAGCUGGGAUUGAAAGGGGUGUAUUUUUAGAUAAGGCAAUUGGUGUGUAUCGGUCCUAAAGCAUAAUAAAGUCUACCAGGUCGGCUGAGAUUCGAGAAUUACUAGAAAUUUCAGAAAUAAUCUACGAGUAUAAUGACAGCCCACGAAUGGCAUUGUAUUUAUAAAUCUAAUAAUAAAUCUGUAAUACAUAAUACACUGACUAACUAAAGAUUCAAUAAUUAAGCGAAAUAAGCAUAAUCACUCACUUUUGUUGACAAAAGAGUACAACACAAUAUAAUAGAUAAAAUAUGCAGCAAUUUAUUGCCAUCUUAUACUACUUUAAUCUACACAAUAUUAUACUAAUCAAUUAUAAAUAAUAAGUAAGAAAGUGUGUAGCUUAUAAAUCGCGGCCUUUACUUCUGGCAUUUGAUAUAUGAAACAGAAUAUUUGCUACCUAAUAUAAGAGCUUAUUUCGCCAUCACGAGUCCGAGGCGACGACCUAGUUUAAGACUUCCCAUAUCACAAAUAGUGCAGAACGCUGAGAUCACCGCAAACCAAUCGGUGGUCAAGUUUAUCUGUUUAGAAACGAGCAACUAACGAACAAAGUAAAGUAACCAUAUUAAUCGUUGUCUCUAUGUAAUCGCUUUCAUUUAGUAGUUUCUUUAAAAAUAACACAAUUAAUAUACUAUUUUAGAGCAAGAUUAAACGCGGAAUAUUCGAUGUCACUUACCACCUUUGAAGUCUUUUGAAGGGAAUUUCUAAGGCAGUGAGCGUUUUUCAGGUGUUUUGUCUUUGAUGAAUUGACAUGGAUCAAAUUAGGUACUUUGAUGUAACAUAGCCUCAAUCACAAAUUAUUCUCAAUUACAAACAUUUUAUAAAUGUAGGUCUGAUACGGCUAUCUACAAUCAAAUUGUAGUCCUCUCAUAUCAUUCUAUACGUUGUUUUAUAUUCGUUUACAGCUGCAGAAAAUCCUUUUGAAAGCGAUUAGAUUAUGGUAUUAUUCAUAAUAAAUAUAAUAACUUUGAACAACGGCGGCGGCGGCGCUAAGUUAAUGACAUAGUUAGUUAGUAACCAAUCAAUAUACUGACAGUAGUAAUAAUAUUAACGUAUGUAUGUACUGACUUUAGUUUUCAAUUUUAUUAUCUGAUCUCAGGUAGGAUAUCGAUUGUGAGAACCAAAUACUUGAUGUAAUUUUACAAGUUAGCCUAAAACUCUGAGAACAAAACUGCGCCGGGUCAUGUGCCCAGUCGCGCUGUACCCACUAUCUCUGUAAGUCGAUGUAUUUUUGUUACGAAGGUGAAAACGUACUAACCUGCGCUUAAUACCUAUCCUACUUUCCAAUUUCAAUCAUCCUGGAUAAUAUGCGUAGAAUUUGUUGGUAGGACUAUUUUUUAAGGAAAAAAAUACGUACACUUUUUUUUUACUUUUAGAUUGUCUGUAUAUCAAAAUUGUUUGUUUCCACAAAACUAAAUAAAAUAAUAAAAUAAACGUAAAUCGCCGCAGAGAUCAAUUAAUUUUGUAACGAUAUGUUGCUAAUGUAUUUAGAUAUUAUGUGCACCAAUCUAAUGCAAUAACAAACAUAUCCUGUCUGGUACAA